UCAAACAUACACCAACUGGUUUAAUCAUAGCAGAACUCUACACUCACCCAUAUGGCGGAGAACAAGCCUUACCGCUACGGGCUCAUCGUCCUGGGGCUGGUGCUGGUGGCACUUGGUGUCUUCUUGAUGACCGUGGAGGAGCCACAGGUGUUUGCCACUUUCUGUACCAUGGGAGCGCUGAUGGUGGGUAUAGGGACCGUGUGGAGUAUGUGUCAAUGCUAUCCAAGGGUCACACUUAUACUGCCACACCAGGAAGUGCUGGAGAGUGCUGACAAACAGGAGCUGUGUGCCGGAGCUGAGGUCCUCCAGGUCAGUCCGACAGAACCACUCAAGGCUCCUCUAGCCUGCUUCUAUAUGGAAGAGGAAGGAGAAGAGGAUGAAGUAUUCUCCUUCACUCAGAUAGACAGCAAAGCUCCUGAGCCCACAGGUGUCCUCCACAGCUCUCCCAGUAUGCACCAGGCCCGCUCCAGCACCCCUCUCCGAACCAGUGGGACUACAAAGCCGAGCACUGAGCCUGAGCUCUGCUACGGCAAGGUGGAUGAUUCUUGCUACUUCACAUCAGAGCUGGACAGUGAAUAAGACCCUUAAAACUGUAGUUUCACAAAACAUCUAACGUACUCAUUGCAAAUUCCCAGCCUUGUCAUCAGUUAGUCGUCAUUCCAGCUAGUCCUGGAAUAUCCUACCAGUAAGCAUUGUGCAUAAUACACACCUAAAUCAUAACACGCUUGGUAAAAUUAAAAUAAUCCUCCUUAACAAUAAAACUCUGCUGAUUGUUAUAACACACGAUUCUAACAGUUUUAACAGUACAUGGUCUUAGAUGCUGGAGUUGGUUGGUGCGCAGCUUGGUCACCAUAGCAACACAGACAAGCUAGCCUAACCACCUUGCCGAGCUAGUAGCUAACGAGGUAGCAAAGAGAAUGAUUUAAGAUGAACCUCGAUAAAUUUGUUGACGAAUGGACUUAUUUGCAUUUAGAAUCACUCCAGCUGGUUUCCUGAUGCAUUUAAUCUGCAACGAGAAACUGUCAAACACUAAAAAGUGGCAAAGCUGAAGUCAGCUUCUCAUUCACGCCAGCUUCAUAUUUCAAUUUUCACGUUCCACCUUAAAUAGUGUAACAGUUGGCUACAUAGUUAGCUACAUUCUGGCACCUCAGGCUCCAUUUAAGAUGGGACGGGAAAAUUCGAACAAGAAGCUGGUAAAUGAGAAGCUGAGUUCUGCUUCACAAAAAGUCGAACGUUAAGAGACAUUUUACAAGAAACUGCUCUGGUUUCGUGGAAAGGUUUGCUGAAGAUGAGAGUACAGCAGCUACAGCUGAGCUAAAGCUUGAAGUACAUUAUCAAUUAUAUAAUUUUUUCAGCCUGUACUAGAACAUUAAGUGAUACUAUUUUAAUCCCACAAACGGGAAAAUUCCACUUCCGCAUAUAACCCAUCUGUGAAGUGAAACAACACAUACACACUAGU